GAUCGGGGAGAGAGAGAGAGAGAGGGAUCGACUCCCCUCAUUUCCUCUGUCGCCGGAGAUCUCUGAUUCGUCGGCCCAGAUCUCACUUCUCCCUCUCCGUAAGGCAAGUAGGUGGUUGCUUCGAUCCGUAGAUCCUUGGAUUGUUUUGUUCUUGGAGUUUCCUUUCUUUGAUUCUAUCUCACAGAUGGAUCUGAGCUAUACUCGUGUGAUUGGUCUCGGCUCGUAGAUCUCCUCUCCCAGUUGCAAUAUUUGUCGGCGAUACAGUCUUCUCUUUGGGGCCGAACGGUGGUUUCCGGCGAAUGGAAGAGGUAAAGCAUGUUUCGACCUGUGCUCGCUUUUGAGAUGAGCAGCUUAUGGUUCUAAGGGAGAGAGGGAGGAAUUGCGGAAUUUUGGGAUGGAGGAUCUCUCCAAGUACGCCCACAGUCCAGCCCACCUCGCCGUAGCACGAAGAGAUCAUGCAGGCCUCCGGCGGAUGGUCGCGGCGCUCCCGCGCCUCCCCAAGGCUGGGGAGGUCACCACUGAGGAGGAGUCCCUCGCCGGCGAGCUCAUGGCUGAUGCCGUCUCCGCCGUCAUCGAUCGGCGUGACGUUCCGCACCGGGAAACCCCCCUCCACCUUGCUGUCCGGAUGCGCGACCCCAUCUCUGCGGAGAUCCUCAUGUCGGCUGGCGCCGAUUGGUCCCUUCAGAAUGAGCAUGGAUGGUCGGCGUUGCAGGAGGCUGUUUGCACCCGUGAGGAUGCAAUCGCUAUGAUCAUCGCCCGCCACUACCAGCCCCUCGCUUGGGCCAAGUGGUGCCGCCGCCUCCCUCGCAUUGUUUCUUCCAUCGAGAGGAUCCUGGAUUUCUACAUGGAGAUCACCUUCCACUUCGAAAGCUCAGUGAUCCCAUUCAUCAGCAGGAUUGCACCAUCUGAUACUUAUCGAAUAUGGAAGCGGGGUCCAAACCUUAGAGCUGACAUGACGCUGGCCGGAUUUGAUGGCUUCAGAAUCCAGCGUUCUGACCAGACAUUCCUGUUUCUUGGUCAGGGUGCUCCGGCUGAGGAUGUGCAUCCACCACUGCCUCCUGGGUCUCUAAUCGUGCUUGCUCACAAGGAGAAGGAGAUCACAAAUGCACUCGAAGGAGCUGGAGCCAAGCCCACAGAAGCAGAGGUGGCUCACGAGGUUGCUUUGAUGUCUCAGACUAAUAUGUACAGGCCAGGUAUCGACGUUACGCAAGCUGAGCUUGUUCCUCACUUGAAUUGGCGACGUCAGGAGAGGGCUGAAAUGGUCGGGAAUUGGAAAACUAAAGUCUAUGAUAUGCUAAAUGUAAUGGUGAGUGUGAAAUCAAGAAGGGUUCCUGGUGCUAUGACUGAUGAGGAGUUAUUCACCGUCGACAAUGAUGAAAGGAUAGCCAAUGGUGGGGAUCUUGAUGGGGAGCUUGAUGAUGUAUUGACACCCGAGGAGAGGAUGCAGUUAGAUUCAGCGCUUAGGAUGGAUAAUUCACAGGGCUUAGAUGAAUCUGAGGGGAAUAGUGGGGCAUUGGAAGGUGUUGAGAACUCUGAAUCCAAUGGUGUAACCAAAGAGAGGACAAGCUGGUUUGGCUGGAGCAGUAAAAGGACUUCCAAGAACACUGGAGGUGAGGAUGCAGAUGAUGUAAAGAAUAAACACGUGAAGUUGUGCCCAGAGAAUGGUCAUCAUAAAUCUGAAUCAGCAAAGGAGAUGGGAGAUAUCAAGAAGGGGAAAGAAAAAGGCAGUAAGAAGAAGACCGGAAAUGAGUCUAAUAAACAUGAAAGUGAGUUCAAGAAGGGUGUGAGACCAGUUUUGUGGUUGACUCCAGACUUCCCUUUGAAAACAGAUGAGCUUCUUCCUUUACUCGAUAUCUUAGCAAACAAGGUCAAAGCUGUGAGGAGGCUGAGGGAACUCUUGACCACAAAGCUCCCGCAAGGCACAUUUCCUGUCAAGUUAGCCAUUCCCAUCGUUCCUACCAUUCGGGUUCUCAUCACCUUUACAAAGUUUGAAGAGCUCCAGCAAUCUGAUGAAUUUUCGACUCCACUUUCCAGCCCAACUCAUUUCCAGGAAAGCAAAGCCAAAGAAACAGAGGGAUCAGGUUCAUGGUAUUCAUGGGUGAAACGAAGCCGAGGUGGGCAGUCUAGUGAUAGCAGUGAAGGGCGAAGCUGCAAAGAUGAGAUCGAUCCUUUUCAUAUACCCUCAGAUUAUACUUGGAUUGAUGCCACUGAAAAGAAGCGCCGGAUGAAGGCCAAGAAGGGCAAGAGCAAGCGAGGUACCAACAGAAAGCAAUCCACCAGAGGUACAGAAGAUCAGCAACUAUUGGAUGGUUUCGAAUAGCAAACCAAGUGCUGUAUAUCCGGAAUGUUAGGUAAAUUAACACAGGUAUCGAUAUGUGUAUCUAGAGAUUCAUAUUCAUUCCAUUUCGGUGAGAAGUGUGUGAUAUCCUCAGUACCACGCUUAAGUAGUUCCAUUUGUUCUUUUUUUUUGCUUGAUGAAAUGGUCAGUAGAAACCAGCUCACCCCUCCCCCCCCAUUUGAGGGUGUUACCUGCA